GUACUACGCCCCGUUCAUUUUUUCCUGAAAGCUUCAAAAGGUCGUUGUCCAGCUUUAAUGGCGUCGAACAAAGACUCGUAAGGAAGCUUUCCUUCGUUUCACAUUUUGCAAUCUCAGUCUGAAUGAGACUGAACUGACUGGCUGAAAGCUGAAAUAGGAAAAUCUCCGUCCGUUUACAGAAAUGGUCGUUCGCGGGAAGGCAGAAAGCAUGGCAGAUCGCCGUCGGUGGUCGCAGCACCACGAGCCGGAGGAUGCGGCCGAGGAGGUAGAGGCCCUGCGUGGCUCUCAGGACAUUUACCCUUCGUACUCGCAGGACCAACUUUAUCUCAACAAGGGUUGCUGCAGCGAUUUGCAGGGCAGGCUGCCCUAUGCCACCCUCAUUGCCACAGUCAUGUGCGUGUCUGGAGUGGGCAUAUUUUGCUUCACUGUCUUCAGAGGCAUCACACUGACAAAUCUCAUGUUGGAAAAUGUCUUCCACUUCCGUCUCGCUUGGCUAGAGCCGACGCAGCUAGGUCUGGUGAUCAGCGCCGCUUCAAUGGCCGCCCUUGGCCUGAUGAUGCUAUUCGUCGGUUGCCUGGCGACGGGGGCGACCAGGCGCAGAGUCUACAGAGGCCACACCAGCAGGGUCGGCGGGCGUGUGACCUGCGCCAUCUUCAUGGUGCUCACCUACCUUCUGCAGCUUGCUUGGCUGGCUUUGCUCAUUCUGCUGGUGCUCAUCGCUGCCACCUACUCCACCUUCAAGGCCCUCUGCAAUGACAAGUUUGAGCAUCCCGAGAACGAAUGCAUCAACUUUGAGAUGUUCCACUUCUUCUUCCCCAAAAACACUCCAAUUGAUGACAUGAAGGUUUGCAACCAGGAAGCGACUGAAUUCUGCAAAGACUACGUGAAGAAUGGCGAACUGAUGGCAUAUCUGGCUGCAAUUUCCAGCUUGAUAGUCAUCCUAAGUCUGAUUCACUACUUGAUGUGCUUGUCUGCCAACUAUGCACACAUCCGAGACCAGGAGAAGUUCCAAGACUUCCAGGAAAUGCAGUUCAUCACUGACCCAGACGGCCACAUGACGUCGAAAGAGCGCUUCUAGGAUACAGCCAAAGAAAUCUUCAAGAGGGGAGUGCUUCAAUCAAGAGCCUGACUAACAAUUGAGGUACUGCCUCUUGGACAUUUCUUUGCCCUCGGACGAAAAUCUCUCAUUGUAAAUAACGAAUUAGCUAUAUUUUUCUCUCUCGAACGAAGUAUUUUUAUAGCUUGGUUUCUAUGCAAUCAAACUUGCACAAGAUUUUUUUUCGGAAAAAUUGUGUGCCGUGGUAAUUUGAAGCGAGUCAAAAUCGUUCUUAACUAUCCUUGCUAACUUUAAGAGCUUACCUUGACUCUCAUAUUCACUGAACGUGAACACAGAAGACUGUAAAUACUACUAAAAGCAGCUUUAGCAUUUAAUGUGUUGGACAAUUUUGCGUGGGGCGUUGUUGUACAACAGCCGCAUUCAGCUGAGUUAGAUUUGUGAUUGCAAAUUUAAUAAUAAAACCAUAUUUCACAUA